GACAAGUGAAAACUUUUUGUUUAAGAGAAGGAAGUAUAGAGCUUGUGUAAUUUGUUUGACAUAUAAAUGCUGUUAUAAAUAUAAAAGAAAUCUAGUAUAAGAAUUUUCAUAGUUUAAUUAACAUAUCUUAGACAUGGCGGAUCAACAGCAGUUCUUUUUAAAAUGGAACGAUUUUCAAAGUAAUAUGGUCUCAUCCUUUAGACAUCUUCGAGAUGAGAAAAGCUUUACAGAUGUAACUUUAGCCUGUGAGGGUCAAACCUGUAAAGCCCAUAAAAUGGUGCUGUCCGCCUGUAGUCCGUAUUUUAAAAGUUUAUUAGAAGAAAAUCCUUCGAAGCAUCCAAUUAUAAUCCUAAAGGACGUAGCCUACAGUCAUCUUCAGGCUAUUCUUGAAUUUAUGUAUGCGGGCGAAGUAAACGUUAGCCAAGAACAAUUACCAGCUUUCUUAAAAACGGCAGAUCGGCUCAAAGUUAAAGGAUUAGCAGAAGCGCCACAGGCAAUUAAUAGAGAAUAAAUUGAAUUUCAUCUUAAUUAUGUUAAAGGCAGUUUUUCACAAAAACUUCAAUGUAUAGAUAUCAUAUAACUUUCCUGAUUUUUUUUAUAUACAAUUUCAGUUUUUUAUCAAAAUCUUAACAGAACUUGAUUAAUUAGUAGAUUUAAAUAUUGUUGUCCAUUCUUUUAUAAGUUUAACAUUUUCUUUUUCGAUAUCUUACAAAACCGUUUGUGAAUCACUGUUAAUUGUAAUUUUGGUGUUACAGUAUAAAUUAUUUGUUAUCGUUGACACUUUAUAUCAACAAAAGUGGGAAAAGUACAUAAGCUGAAUGGAGAUAGUACCUUGAAAUUAUUCAGAAAAUUCAGCUUCUUGUGAGCGUAGAGUGAACAAUUUAAAUAAUGCUGCUGGUGAAAAUAUGUUGUUAAUUUGAACCAAUUUCAUUCAUACAGCAAAAAAAGUUUUAUAUUUUUUUGCUGGUGUAUUUAAUUUCAAUGAUAUGAGCGGCGAAUGUGAGCCUUUCCCCCCCCCCCAAAUCAAAUCUAUUUUUCCCAUCUAUAGUUUAUUCAUCUGAGUAUCAAUUUUUUUCACUUGUUUUUAAAUCUUAGUGUUUUUCUUUUAUUAACCCUCCGCCUGCAAUGUGCUGUAGAAGUAAAAUUCCCGCAACAUCAAUCUGAGGGACCGAUAUCUAAAAAAGUCAAAUAAUAUUGUCAGUUGUCAGUUUUUUUACGGUAACAAGUCCGUUAUACAUCUUUUAUUAAGCCUCGUUAAGUUUUUGAUACAUUUUAUUAUACUUUUGUGACACAAAAUAACCAUGUAAUUAUACAUACCAUAGAACGGCAUUAUAUUUGAUAAUGGGUAUGCAUAAAACAAAAUAAUAUUUUUCAGUUGAAAAACUGAUCGGAAAAUAUGUUUUAUUCAUAUAAGAAUAUUUAGACUGGAACUACUCAUCGGUAUCUUCCCCUGUAUAACAGUCAUGACAAAUUCCAUUGGGGUGUUCUAGCAGGCAUUUUAGGCAUUUGCACCUGGUUUUUUCAUUUUUCUUGGACGAACAUAGCAGACAUCGGCCAUACAUUUGUUUUUGGUUUGCAGGAACAUUUUCAGCUUCUUUUCCACAUAUUUCCUGAAGGCACAAUCGAAUUAUACGUGGAAGUCUCUUAUUUGCAGAUCUUCUUGAAAUAUGAUCCUGAACAAGCUCAUAUCCUAACUGUUCUAAAAAUUUUCGUCGAAUUGAUGUUUGGUUGUUGCUAUUGAAUACUAUUCAUAAAUUUAUACCUGCCACAUUCAAAAGUUCAUAAAAAACAUGGGUGCACAGGCUUAUCUAGAACAGGGGCCACUUGAGGCAUUCGCCCUGAUAUGUAUAACAAAUUUGGUGUAGAGAUUGACAACAUGUGUAUGUGUUUUCUUUUCGUAUGGUUUUUCUUCUGGGAUUACAUUGGCUUGUAGUUGUAACGAUCCCCCAAUGAUCUUUCUUUUUUUUUGUAUUAAUAGAAAUAAUAUUGCUGUCAUGGGGUGUAUAGUGAAUAAAAUCAGCUGGAUAAUAUUUAAUUUCAGGUAAUAUAAUUCCAAAACUAACUGAAUAUAGAUUAUAUUAAAAAUGAAAUAUAACUAUAUGAUAUCAAAAACAAACUUAAAUAUUGUAAUUAAACUUAUAAAACUAAAUUUAAUUAUUAUGUAACUAAAAGUUCACUUUGAUGCAUGACACUGCAUAGAUUUCACGAUUCUUUUAAUAUCUGGCUCCAAAGUCGCCACACGUAAAUUUGCUUCCAAACUCUCAUUGGCGGUUCCUAUUUUUCGUUUUGUUGAGAUUCAUGGGAGAAAACGUUUGUUCACAUAUAUAAGUUCAACCAAAUAGGCUGCUGCAUUUUAGUCCGUUUUUUCGUAAUUCUUUGUAAUUGUUUUUAUCAAGGCAACUGUAGAAGUUGAAUAAAAUUCCUUCAUUAAAUUUAUUUUUUAAAUUAUCAUCAUUUUGAAUGUCUAUUAAUUCCAGCUGCACUGACUCGGGUGCAUCCUAAGGGGAAAUUUUAAAAGGGUUGCUGAAAAUGUCUAACAGUGGUUCAACUUUUUUGAAAUCAGUAAAACGAUCUUCGAAAGUUCACAUCAAAAUAUCUAUUUUCUCAACAUAUGAGACGUUGAUGUCCGUCUGGUAAAAUUUCUCUGAAAAUUUUUUAUAUGUUGGGAAAUGAGCGUAAUUAGAUGAAUUUAUUUGGGACCUGAAAAGACUUAACUUGCAUUUGAAAGACGAAACAUGAGCGUACAGAUUAGAAAUCAGUUGAUCCUUACCCUGAAGACACGUGUUUAAGACAUUCAAAUGACUUGUGAUAUCGAUUAGAAAAGCUAACUCACAAAACCAGUCAGGAUUGACGAGUUCAGGAACGUCCUUGUUCUUUUCCGUCAGAAAUAUUUUGAUUUCUUCUAUCAAAUUAAGAAACCUCUUCAGCGUCAAUCCACAACUUAACCACCUUACUUCAGUAUAAAAUAACAGAUCACCAUAUGUCAAUAUCUUCGAGAAAUUUUUUGAACUGUCGGUGAUUAAGACCGCGAGAUUUUAUAAAAUUUGUUGUUGUAACAACAACCUUCAUCAAGUCUUCAAAUCCCAAUGUUUUUGCACAGAGGGCCUCUUGAUGUAUAAUGCAAUGAAACUGCAUUAUUUCUUUUAUGUCUAUGUUUAAACUUUUCAAAUAUUCUUUGAACAAAGUUAUUAUCCCAGAUUUGCUUCCAACCAUUGAAGGAGCUUCCUCAGUCGUAAUUCCAGAUAAUUUUGUUAAAUUUAAAUCUAUUUUAGAGCAUUCUUGCAGAAGGGCCGUGAGCAUGUCACUUCCUUUUGUUUGACUUGUCAUACCAAUCAGCUCUUCACAGAUUUAAAAAUCUUGCGUCACACCUAGUAAGAAUAUUAAGAGUUGAGCAGUGGAACUGAUGUCAAUAGAUUCGUCAAGUGCCAAUGAAAAAACUCAAAGUUUUCUCAAACUUCUUGGCCAUUUCCUGACAUAUUUUAUUUGCAGGGAUAUGCCAUUUCCGGACACAUUUUAAUUGCAGUGAUAUCUAAACAAUCUUCAACAAAUUCGCCAUCUUUAAAGGACCGACAACUUUUCGCUAUUAAUCGAGAAAUUUCAAAGCUCACUUCAGUAGCAGUCUCAGAAUCUUGAACGGGUUUCGUAAACAUAGCUUGCUGACCAAUUAGUUCCCGUUUCAAUGAAGAAAUUUUUUUCAUCUGUAACUCGCCGGUUAAGUUAGCAAAAGCAGUAUGUUGUGUCUCAUAGUGUCGAUUCACGUUAUAUUCCUUUAAAAUAGAAACCGAAUUCUUGCAUAUUAAACAAACGAUGUUGUUAUUGGACAUAAAAAAAGUAUUUCUCCGUCCAAAUGACUUGAAACUGUUGAUUUUCAUAUUUAACCUUGCGUUUGUUACUAGGUCCUGGCUUGUCCAUAUCGAAUUUGAUAUAAUACUCUGGUACGACGGGUGAGUUCCGUUGUAUACCUGAACAAAAAAAACAGUAGAUACUUAAUACGUUAUUAAUCAUAAUCAUCAUAAUACAUCCCUUGCAGAUGAUAGCCACUCUUUGGGGUUCUAUUUAUUAAUUUUUUGCGGUGAAUUUAUCAAAUUCUGUUCCACUUCUCUGUAACCUCUGCGAAUUUUCAACAGAUCCUCACUCCCACGACCUCUUGGCCGUUCUAUGGCUGGCUUCCACUAUGUUACCUUUCGUAUCAGGGCUUUCGAAUCUCUCUAUAAAUGUCCAAAUCAUUUAAGCAUGUGGAUCUUUAUCAUUACCACUAUGUAUAUCACAAUCUUUCAACUCGCUCUUGCUCUUGUGGUUCAUCAACCUUCUUUGGUUUCCUCCAUCGGUCUUGACAGUUCUCAAUAUCUUUCUUAGGAUCCUUCCCUACAUUAUUCGAAGAUCCUUCUCGUCCUUUCCCGACAGGCACAUGGUUUUGUGCAAUACCUUGAAAAAUUUACGAAUACCCUUCCAAUGAAUAGGAUAGAUGACUCAUGUUCCUUCUCAUAUUUAAUUUACUAUCUCAUAUAUAGUUUUCCAUUAAUCUCCAAUAACAGAGUAGAAUUUUAUGAGCCACCGAAAUCCUCAACGAGUUUCUUCUUCACAAAUGACUGUUUUGACCCAAUUUUCCAAAAUGAUCUCAUUUUCUGCUGCUGCUAUUACAAUCUCUUAUUAUAUUUUUCCAUUUUUUAAGUGUUUAAAAGAGCCGAAGAAAAGUAAACACUGAAAAUCUGUUGAUUCUAAUCUUAAAAUUUUUUACAUGUUUGACUUUUCAUCAAAGCUCUUUUCAACUGUGUCAUCAACAUUAAGUGUAUGUCAAUCUAUGUUAUCGAUUCAGCAUUCACAGGGUAUUUCUAAAUUCAUGAAACAAAAUUUUAAAUUUCCUCUGCCCGAGAUAUCACUCUUAAAAGGUGGUGAGUAAAAUUGAGUUUCUAUUUUAUUUCUAAAAUUUGAGUGAACCUAGAAACUUGGAAUUCUGUAGUUGGUGGUCAUUUUCAGCAUCUUGAAAAAAGUUUUGGAGUAAAGGUUGCAAAUUCAAUAUUGAAAAAAUACCUGUAGUUAGUACGAAAAUGACAGAUUUUUAAGUUUCUAUUACUACCGAAAAGUUUAUAAAAAAAUAAAUAAAAACACAAUUUUAUUCACCACCUAGUUAAAGUGAUGAUAUCUCGGAAAGGCUGAGGAAAUUUUAUUGUAGGAAAGACCCAUCUUGAUUUCAUACGAGCAAUCGUCUCCCGAAUUUAGAAGCCCUUUGUAUGUUUGCAAAAUGUUCAUUAACAUUCGAAACCCUUCUGUCCCAGGUCUCUAUUAAUUUGUACUUAGAAUGUUAUUUACGGUAACUAGAUUAAUUGUAAGGGGUUUAUAAAAAAAUAUAAAAAAUGAAAGAUAUAUUUUUAUAAGAAUUAUGAUGAAAGUGCUUCAAAAUUAACAAAGUAACCUCAGCAUUAGUACAAAGUUGUCAAGUACUUCGUAUAACUGUGCUGUAGCUCUAAAAUUAUGAAAGUUAUUGUGAGACUAAGCAGAGUUUGAAUCAUUAUUUCUGGGUGUUUAAGUCUUGAGUUGAACUCAUAAAUACUUUUUUUGUUUGUGUUUUUUUGUCCAUAAUUUGUAAUUAAGUAAGUAAAGAGAAACACGAGUGCAUAUAUUAUAUUUUGUUUUAGUGAACUUGAAAAAUGCAAUUUUAUAUUAAGUAUGUGAUUCUUGAAACACUUAUUUUAUAAACGAAAAUGGAAGACAAAUAUUCAAAUUCAGGCAUUUUACAAUCACUGGCUGUAUAAUAGGGUCAUUACAUACUUUGUUUUUAUACCUUAACUACGUUUAGUAUGUUUGUCUUAAUAACACACUAUUUUUUAAUUUUUUUAAAUCGGUAUAUUAGUUCAUAAAAAAAAUUUAAAUACCGAAAUGACGUGCCAAAACGCAUUUGUUGUCACAUGACUGAGUGUGACGUAGAAAGGAAGUAAACAGACUCAAUAUUAGUACACCAGAAAACGGUAUGCACAUUCAAUAAUAUUUUCUAUAUAGACAUUCUCAUACUUCACAUGAAUAAUGGUAAUUUUAUUAUUGAUAAUAAACCCCGUUUCUUAUUAAAUAAAUGCAUUUGCAGGUUUAUUUGUAAUUAACCCAUCUUUUAUAUAUAAAUUUAUGUUUUUGCACUUGAGAGACAUUUUAUAUCAACUACAUAUUGAUGAUUAAUAGUAUUUGAAAAUACUCCUGAAUAAGGAUACUUGGGUUAUAUUAGUAAUCCUAUAGGUUAUAAUUUAAUUUUCAUUUGUGCUUUAAUGAUCGGCAAUAUUUUUUUCUAAUGUUUUCCCUCUUUGCAUUGCUACAGUCUGUUCUAUAUUUCACUGCCCACAAUUUGCUCCACUAACCUACCCAAUGGUGUUUUACAUCUUGCAAUUUCAUAAAUGCAGGAUGCCGGAAUACAUCCAUAACGAAGUUGAUACCACAACUUGUUAUAACUUUUGGUUAGGGGAAAUGUGCCUAUGAUGGACCCUUUAAGGAAAUAUCAUUACAACUUUUUUAGUUUUGGACUAAUUUUUUUUACAUGAAAAUAUAUACUUAGCUCGAAGUUUAUUAUAGUAUAGGAAGAUUUUUCUGCCAAAUAAUUUCCUGUUUAAUAGCAUAGCUAUUUUUAAAAAAGUAGUCGAGGGGUACAUCAUUAGCACACAUGCCCAUGUCGGACCCCUUUAAAAUAAAUGAAAAAAAAAUGUCUUUAAAGUUUUAUUAGAAAAAAUAUAGAACAAACUAACAUCACGUUAGGUACAGAGCUCACAAAUAAAAGACUUGCAAUGGAAGGAAACACCAGCGCACUCAUUAUGGCACCACGAGUUACAUUUUUGACAACGAAUCCACUUUUCUUUUGCACGUGAGUGCGAGAAUAACUCAUUGCAGUAAAGGCAGCUAGCGUCAUCAUCUGAGUCAUCUUGUCCCUUUUCCAAAAAGUUCUCUAAGGCGGAUUCAUCUUCAUCAGAACUGUCAUUUUCAAUGACAAGUUUCCGUUUUACUAUCCUGGCUUGUUGUUUUCUUAUCUUUGUUUCCUUUUCUAUAACCUUCUCUUUGAGUUCAUGAAUUUCUGGUGUUGAAUUCAAAUGACCAGUUUUUCCCCUUCUGCAUUUUUUUUAUCAGUACCAAUUGCUACAGUUUGAGGGGGAGGACAAAUUUCCUUCACAGAAAUGUCGAGAACUGACGAUGAAGACAUGUUAAGACCAGAUGUGGAUGGGGUUUGAAUUUCUAAUUCCAUUUGGUUUUCGAUGAUAUCUCCUUGAGCCUCGGGAAUCUGCUUAUCCGUUGCUAAAGCUGGUGCAAACUGCCACUCCUCGAAGACAUGAGGACUGAAAGGAUGAAUGGCAGUCUUUUUGAACGAAUUUAUUGCAUUUAAUGGUACAGCACUCUUCAAAUAAGCUUGAUUGAGAAGACCUGCUAUUUUGAAUUGAGUCACUGCCUUUCCCGGGUUUUGACGAAGCCAUAAUUGAAUUUCUUGAUCAAAAUACGUAUGAAGAGGACGGAAGAAUUCUACGUCCAAUGGUUGAAUGUGAUGUGAACAAUGUGCCGGGAAGCAAAACACAAUUACUCCAUUUUCUUUUGCAAACUGAAGAGAUUCGAGACUCUUAUGGCUACUGUGCCCAUCUAGGAGCAAAAGAACCUUAUUGUUAUUAGAUGCUUUCGUAUACUUCACGAAAUGCUUUAGCCAUCUACAAAAAAUUUCACUGGUCAUCCAACCUUUUUCUUGUAUGAAAGCUAUGCUACCAACGGGAGCACCGUUCAUAAGCUCAUCGUUCAUCCUUUGACGAGGGUAAAUAAGAGCAGGAGGGAUGUAAGUGCCCAUGACAUUCAUUGCGCACACUACGGUCACGUGCUGCCCACGCUCUGCACUGCUGAGUGCACCAACUUGCUUCCGACCUUUUGAAGCGUAAAUUUUUUGACAUUUCUUUUGGACCGUAGUCAAACCUGACUCAUCCAUAUUAAAUAUAUUUUCGGGAGGAAAGUUGUACUGCUCCAGAGUGUUAGAUAGUGCAUUGAAAUAGGCUUGUUAAAAGCCUGGGCUCUAGCUAAUGAUGUACUUUCUGGACUACGCAAAGAAAUUCGUGGAUUGCGCUUCAGGAAUCCCCUCUCCCAUUUCCAACCUGCCAUUUUUGUUUCACGAUUGAAACGAUGCUCUACUUUAUUUUUUUCGGCUACUUCAAAUACCAUCCGCCGCAAAUCUUUAGAGGUUAAACCAAAAAAACGCGUUUCCAUAUAAAUAAUAUAUCCUGCAAUCUCCUCUUCGAUGGCUUUAGAGAAAAUUGCGGUUCGUCCUCCCAAAUUACCCUUGCAACUGUCCUGUUUAGCCAAACGCAUUCGCAAAGUUGUUUUGGGAACAUUGAAGGUCUUUGCAGCCAACUUAAAGCCCAUACUGUGAUCUUGUACGUUCUCAAUAGCCUGUCGCAUAUCAUGCUCGUCCCACUGUUGUCUUUUUUUGGAUGCCAUCUUUAUAAAUGGAAAAGAAAAACUACUAAAACAAUAUAUUUAUUUUGUUUAUUUCAGUUCCAAUGAUGGACCCCUGGUCCAUCUUUGGGAUCCGUUAAGUAGUCCAUCAUAGGCCAUAUUGCAUAAAUCAGAUAAAAAUCUCAAUUUUUUUUGUUCUCCGCCAUAACCUCAAUUUUUACUCGCCAAUCAACAUGCAACAGUUCUAUCAAGCUGUAGUAACAUAAUCAGAUUCUAGCUAAGAGUAAAACAUAAGUUAUCUAACAUCAUGCCAUGCUACUUUGUUAUAUCAAUAAAUACCAAUUUCAAUUUAUUUAUUUAUUUUCACAAAAACGGUUUAGAUUCGCAAGAGCGCUUGUAAACAACUGACUAUAAGCAUCAAUCAACCCAACCAAUAUGGUGGUAGUGUAAUAUGCGCGGUAAAUUUGAAAAUAUAGCUAGGUCCAUCAUUGGCGGGGGUCCAUCAUGGGCACAUUUCCCCUACUUGUGGCAUUAGAAGUUUCUCGACAGAUUCCUUCACUCAUGUGGGCUUAUGCAUAUUCCAGGAAAGCAACUGCAGUGCUGCUUUUUUCUGACAUAAAGCCCACCAGAAGCUGUUGUACACUUAAUUUAUUACAGAAUGUAUCCUUUAUAAAAUAUUUUAAUAUAUGGCGACUUAAAUUUUUCUCCUUGGUAGUAGAAACAAAAUCUUUCAGAAAGUUUCCAGACGAUGGAACUGGCAACGUGCUAGGUUUUAUUUUGCUUUUAUUUGCUCCUUUAAUGUUACAGGCUUAAUUUGGUUGCCUACUCCCGAUAAUUUUGGUUUAGUCCAAUAACAGGCCACUUCAGUAGUUGCAGGUUCUUCACUAUGUCUGUGCACCCACAUAAUAAACGCAACGACAUGCUUGCAACCACCUAAAAAAAUUGACAUUAGUAAAAUAAAGAUUUAUACAAGUAAUUUUCUCUUGUAUAAUUAAAGAUGCUACACAAUCAUCACAUGCUGAUUAAACAAUGAUCUCACGUUUCUCAUCAAUCUUGGGGAAACAUAAUCUUGGUUAAGCUCAGGACACAUUCUACCUUUUACAAUACAGAAAACACCUUCUCGUUUUAAUUGGACGUAUCCAAUUGCAGCAUCCCACCAGCACUGAAAGAUAAUACCAAAAUGUUUCAACAUCGAAAACUUUAAUCAAAAGAUAACCUUCAAAGCUAUCAUCUUUAUGGCCACAGUCUAAUUAGUAGUACUUACGUAUCUGCUUUUACUCCAUGCAUUAUUUCAGCCGAAGUAAUUAAUUGAUUAUUAGCAAAGAACGUAGCAAACAUGAAUGCAUCUACCUUGGGUAGAUUGUCCGUGGAUAAAUCCUAUUUCGGCCAUUAUUUCAAUUAGAAUAUUCUUUGAAACCCUUACAAAAACACAAAUCGCACUAAACAACCAAUUACCUCCACUCACAACAACAAAAUGCGACAAGUGGUGGACAUGUUUCAGUAUUUACUUACUUUCUACGUCACAAUCGCAAUAACCAAUAGAAACAUGUUUUCUGUUUUCUGUCACGUGUUAUUAAUCAAAUUAUCAUAUAUAUAUAUAUAUAUAUAUAUAUAUACACAGUAGAAAUUGUUUAUAACGACCGCCAAGGGGUCAGAGAAACCUGGUCGUUAUAACCACCCCAUUGAUAAGCGUGAUAAAAUUUUAGAAAAGAGAAUAAAAUACAAAAAAGAGGGAAUAAAAUAUUUAUAUGUAUAUGUAUAUGUAUAUUAAAUAUACACACAUAUACAUACAUAUAUGUAUAAUAUUUAGUGUAAUGAUAUUUAGUAAACAAAAUACAAAGAUGAAUAAAAUAAAGGAAACUAUGUAUCUAAAAGAAAUAUGAUUUAUUGAGGUUUUUCAACAUUGUAUUACACCACUAAUUUUGCGAAAGGUUCGUCAUGUAAAAACCUGUUUGAUGCUGCGAUAUUGCGCCAUAGCCGUAGAAACAACAGGUCAGCAGGUGUAGACAUAGAGAGGUCGAAUGCGGCUUCAUUGUCACCGGUGCCGCUUUCCUCGUUCUCGGUUUUCACUUCUCGGCGGUUCACUGCAGCUACUAUGUUCUCGUCGGUAAGCUCCUCGUGGGUGUCGAGAUCUUGUGUCAUCCACUCAUCGAUGUUUGAGUCGUUUGCUUCCCCACAACCGGGAAUUUUUCUCACCAGUUGAAGCAGGGGACUUUGGUUAGAACUGUCGUCUGGUGAGUUACCAAAUUCAAGGGAAGUCCGUAGCUUCCUCCAGACUUUCUAAUAACCGGAUUAGUAACUGUAUUCCAAGCCUCAGCUGACUAGUAAGCUACAUCUUUCACUGGCACUUUCUUGAUUUUUUCAAUUAAAGGUAGUAUAGCAUCUCCUUUAAUAAUCAUUUAGCCCAAAUUCUGUUAUCUACAACAGGUCAAUAAAAAGUGGAUGUCUUACCAAUUCUCUUACAAAACUUAACUUCUAGGCUUCAUCUCUGUCAACUUGAUCGCUUGAAAGACUUUGCAUCUCUUUAUAACUGUUGCCCUCACUUACGGUUUCCUCUUUUUUACACUUUCUUUCCUUUCUUUUUGCUUUUAAUAUUCUCUAAUUUUUCCUACUCGUCGACAGAGCUACUACCCUCAGUCACAUUUUUAACUUUCGUUAUUUUGGGUUUGUUUUCUAGUCUUUGACUUUCGAUUCCUGUGAGCUUAGCUGUGGCAUCUUCUGAAGUGAUCCUCCUACUUUUUAAACGAAAUGGGCAGGACAUUCGCAGAGUAGAUGGUGUACUAUUUCCAUGGCUUGCUCGCAGAAUUUGUAGUUGUCGUUCUCUGCCAUGCCCAUCGUCUUGAGGGGUUAUUUGAUGGAGCAGUGACCUGUCAGAAGGCCGUCCACUAGUUUCAUGUUAUUUCUGGUCAUCACAAGAAGUUCUUCAGACUUCUUAGCUAAUAUAGUUAUGAAUAUUUUGGAUUCUCUGUAGUGUUUCUCCAGUAAGACUCCAUCUGAUUCCUUAGCCAUUCGUUCAGUUCGUUAUUGAUUAGGCAUCUCAUGAGGCCACAGUGGAGUUCUGGUCCAAAAUAUGGAGUCGUUGUUUUUUAGCAAGA